CUGCCACCAACCGGGAUGUGGCACCCGGCUGCCCGCACCCGGCGGUGGCACGCCUGGGGACGCCACCACCUUCCUGCCACCGGGGACCGGGGGCAGCCCCCCGGGGGGGGGGCGCGAGGCCGUGUCCCCGUCUCACCGGCCGCUGGCCGUGCCCGCAGGCUCUUCAAGGAGCAGAGCGAGGACCUGGUGGACCACGUCCCCAAGGACCGUGACGCGCUGCUGGAGCGGGAGUUCCAGCGCGUCACCAUCUCCGGGGAGGAGAAGUGCGGGGUGCCCUUCACGGACCUGCUGGACGCGGCCAAGAGCGUGGUGAAGGCGCUGUUCCUGCGGGAGAAGUACAUGGGGCUGUCGCUGCAGAGCUUCUGCAAAACCACCGCCCGCUACCUGCAGGAGCUCUCCGAGAAGCCCCUGGAGACCCGCGGCUACGAGGAGGUGCCCGAGACCCCCGUGGCCGCCGAUGCCCCCGUGCACCCCCCGUUCGCGGAGCAGCACCCCUACGAGAAGUGGGACCCCCAGACCAUGCCGGCCGACCUGGGCUUCGGGCUGAAGAUGGUGGAUGGCGUGGUGCACGUCUACACCAAGCAGGACCCCACCGACAAGAGCACGGAGCUGGACCUGCCGUACCCCGACCUGCAGGAGUUCAUCGCCGACAUGAAUUUCCUCAUGGCUUUGAUCAUCAACGGGCCCAUGUGAGGAGAAGGGCCCCGCCGUGGGGGUGGGCACCUUGGGGACAGC